AAAGCUCCCAAAAAGCCCAACCUCAAAACACGGGCUGCGACAAACGCGCCCGCGAUGCAGACUCGCCAUGUCCUACUACGACGUUGACGCCAUUCUCACCGACGGGGAGAAAAUCCCCUGUCGAUUCGAGCUCGACGUGCCUUAUCUCGGCCACCUCGACAACUCCAAUGGCCUCAAGCCCGGCACGCGUCUAAACCUUCCUCUAUGGCUCGCCGAAAUGUUCGCCCUCGCCUCUGCAGGAGAGGAUUCCAAGCCGCCUCUGACGCUAACCCUACCGCCCUGCCUGUCCGAACAAGUGCUCGCCGCGCUGAAAGCCGAUCCGCGAGCAGUGCCACUGCGAGAUCAGAGCGCAUACUUUUACGGUGUAGCGGUACGAAUGCUUGAUCUCUUUGACGAGAGGGAACUAAGCGCCAUUCUGAGGACAACGUUUGUGGUGAGGGCGGCGGACGUGGGGCUGCAUGCGAGAAAGGCCGAGGAGUCUGGACUGGGAGGACAGGGCGAAGAGUUUCUGCGGGGGCUUGAUGAGUGGGAAAGACGGCUGUUUAGGAGAGGACACGAGGGCGUCAAGGGAGCCAAGGAAUGGACGGACAAUGUGAAGAGGUCAUGAGGCUGGAGAGACGACUGAUGGCUGGUUACAACGAUACCCUGGGUACAGAAGAGAUGGCGUUUUGACGCAUGAUAUACAAAGACUACCGCCAAGGAUACAUGGCUUGGUUUAGGGAAGCUUGGAGGCAUACUCGUACCGCAAUGCGACUUUGCAGGAGCUUAGCAACAAUUUACAUGGGAUUUCUAGCUCCAACUCUUUUUUGUAUGAAUAAUAGAUUUGUCGCUUUCGAGAAAGCAAAUACAUGGUCAAAAGAAAU